UUUGGCAUAUAUCCGGUUUAGUUUAGGCGGGAAGAUUACUUCGAGAACUGUGUGUUCUGAUACAUACUGAGAGGAUAUAAGAUAUUCGCGUAAAAAGUAAAAUUUAAGUUGAAAUAAUUACGAAAAAUAUAAAUUCAGUACAAUGCCACCGAAAAUAUCAAAGGAUUAUACAAAAGUUAGGGAACAAUUAAAAACUUUCUUGGCGGAAUUCGUGGCAGUGGAUAAUGAAACUGGUGAGAAAACAUUUAAGUACAGGAAACAACUCACUAAUAUUGCCCAUCGUGAACAAGUAGAUUUAGUAAUAGAGUUAGAUGAUAUACAUGACUUUGAUGAUGAAUUAGCAAUAUCCAUUGCAAACAAUACUAGAAGAUAUGUCAAUUUACUUUUGGAACUUAUUCAAGAGAUGUUACCCGACUUUAAAGAAAAAUCUGUACCACCUAAAGAUGCUUUAGACGUAUAUAUUGAACAUAGAUUAUUAAUGGAAAGUCGUAACAGACAUCUUGGGGAACAACGUGAUCCAAGAAAUAAAUAUGCUCCAGAACUUAUGAGACGCUUUGAAGUGUAUUUCAAGGAUUUUGAGGCAGCAAAAGUGUACUCUGUGAGAGAUAUAAAAGCUGAUAAAAUAGGAAAAUUAGUUACAGUAAGAGGUAUAGUAACAAGGUGUAGUGAUGUAAUGCCUUUACUUGUUGUUGCUACGUACACAUGUGAUCAGUGUGGUGCUGAAACAUUCCAACCAGUUCAAUCUCUCAAAUAUAUGCCAUUAAGACAAUGUCCCAGUGAUGAUUGUCGUAUAAAUAAAUCUGGUGGUGUGCUAGAUAUGCAAACAAGAGGAUCAAAAUUUGUAAAAUUUCAGGAACUAAAAAUACAAGAACAUAGUGAUCAAGUUCCUGUGGGUCAUAUUCCAAGAACAUUGACAAUAUAUUGUAGAGGUGAAACAACAAGGAAAUGUUUACCUGGAGAUCACGUACUAAUUACCGGUAUCUUUUUACCUAUUAUAAAAUCUGGUUUUAGUGUUCGAGUGGGUGCAGCUCUUCUGAAUGAAACAUAUAUAGACGCACAUAGAAUUGUUUGUCUUACUAAUUCUCAAACUGUUGAUGACAACAACGCGCUUUUAACGGACGAAGAAUUAUCAUUGUUAGUAGAGGAUGAUUUUUAUGGUAAAUUAGCUCGUUCUGUCGCCCCAGAAAUUUAUGGGCUUGAGGAUGUUAAGAAAGCAUUGUUAUUGUUGCUAGUUGGUGGUACAGACAAACACAGAGAAGAUAUUAAAAUUAGAGGUAAUAUUAAUAUUUGUUUAAUGGGUGAUCCUGGAGUUGCCAAAUCUCAGUUACUUUCGUUUAUAACGAGAUUAGCUCCGCGAUCUCAAUAUACAACGGGUAGAGGAUCUUCUGGAGUAGGUUUAACUGCUUCGGUCAUGAAAGAUACUUUAACGGGUCAAAUGAUGCUCGAAGGAGGAGCUUUGGUACUAGCUGAUGAAGGUGUUUGUUGUAUUGACGAAUUUGAUAAGAUGGCAGAUGCUGAUCGAACUGCUAUUCACGAGGUGAUGGAGCAACAAACUAUAUCGAUUGCCAAAGCAGGAAUUACAACUCGUUUGAACGCGAGAGUCUCGAUAUUAGCUGCGGCAAAUCCUGCUUAUGGUAGAUAUAAUCCGAAAAGAACAAUCGAACAAAAUGUUCAGUUACCUGCUGCUUUAUUAUCACGGUUUGAUUUAUUAUGGUUAAUUCAGGAUCGAGCAGAUCGUAGCAAUGAUUUAAAAAUGGCUCAACACAUAACUUAUGUUCAUCAACAUUGCAUACAACCACCGACGGAAACGCAGGCUUUGGAUAUGAACUUGAUUAGAAAAUAUAUCACCUUAUGUAAAACAAAACAGCCUGUUAUUCCAGAAGAAUUAACUGAUUAUAUAGUUGAAUCCUACGUGGAAAUGAGAAAAGCAGCUCGCAAUAGCCAGGACAAAACUUUUACGUCUGCACGUAAUUUGCUGGCUCUAUUACGUUUGUCGACUGCUUUGGCACGUUUAAGAUUAUCAAAUGUCGUCGAAAAGGCAGAUGUUGUUGAGGCAAAUCGAUUGAUAGAGAUGUCGAAGCAUUCUAUUAAUUAUUCCGAGACAUUAGCAACGAAUGUCCAGCAAAACCCGAUGAACCGAAUUUUCCAUCUUAUUAGAGAACUGGCAAGUGAUAAAAAAACUGUUAAAGUAUCGGACAUAUUGGAACGGUGUACAAGCAAAGGAUUUAAACCCGAUCAAAUUAACGACUGUAUUGAAGAAUAUGAAGCAUUAAAUGUGUGGCAAGUGAAUCAGACGAGAACACAAAUUACGUUUAUUUAAAUACUUUGUUUCAUACAGAUUCAAUAUACAUUGUUAUUUCUUAUACUUUAGUACUUCAAUACUUCAAAAAGUAUUUUUAUACAUUCUCACUUAUAUAUAUUAUGAGUAGACUGCGGAUCUUUAUUCAAAUUCACGUUUUUACAAAUAAAAUUUGGAAAAGAUUUUGAAACUAGAUAGAAAAUUGUUUUCUCUGUUAAUUAUCGUACAGAGUAUCGCACUUUAGAUAUUUUGUAUAAUUUUGCAAAUUACAAGCAUUCCGUGCAUUUUUUAUAUUUUCAAA